UGGAAGAGUGAGCACCAAGGGAGAUCAGGCUUGGCUGACCAAGCCAUUUGUGUUUGUUGUAUUCAGCCUUUGUGUCGGUUGUCUCAAGAGGCGAGUGACUGCAGAUAGUGUGGUGCCUCUCCCUUGUGGGUUCUGCAGUGAGCGUAUGGUAGAAGGUGCUGCUGCUCAGGAGAAGGCCUGCUGUAGACAUACAAGCUGGACAGAAAGGGAGCGCUGGAAAAGGGAAAUCUCAUGCACUUCCUGUUCUGCUGUGGUGAAGAACAAGUCACCUUGCCUGGGCUGGUUUAUCUGCUCUGUCCAUCUCUGCCUGGGGAACUCUUUGAUGCGGAGCUGAUCUGAAGUGUCCUUAUCAACUCCAUGCUUGCCUCUGUUUGUUUUUAUUCUGAAGUUUGCUCCCUCGUUUUGCAAUAACCCACAGGGUGCUGGGUGUUGCUCAGCCGUGCCUCAAUGAAGGAUCUUCAUUCAACACCUUUCCCUUCCCAUCACACCAGUCAGUGCGACUCCUGCGUCUUCCAGCAGCAUUCACUACGCAGUCCAGACUUUAGUCAAGCCUUGGUUGGCGGUCAGAAAGGCUACCAGACCUACCGGGACCUACCAUGGGAUCUUCAAAAAAUUCACCAGCCAACCAUCAAAAUAAGACCUUUUGAGCCCUGGAAAAUUGCUCUAAUUGUUAUUGGAGCAGCAGUGGCAGCAGCUAUCACCAUUGGUCUUCUAGUUUAUUUUUUGGCAUAUGAUCAGAAGCUGUUCUAUUACAGUGCCAACGUAAAAAUCACCAACAUCCGGUAUAACAAUGAAUUGUCCAGACAGUCCUCAGGAAGGUUUAGAGACCUGAGCGAGAGGGUUGAGAGACUGAUCGACAAGACAUUUUACAAUUCCAUUUUAAGGAAAAAAUACAUCCGUUCACGCUUAAUCAGAGUGAGCCCGGAUGCUGAUGGCGUCAUGGCAGAGGCUUUGCUCACAUUCUCGUUCUCAUCCACGGAUUCCAGAGAAACACUGCGAGAAAAAGUUGAGAGGAUCUUACGGAGGGGCCUGAAAAAAUACACAGGGCCUCUGCGGAUAAAUGUCAGAUCUUCUACCAUCUCAAAUAUGGAGACAAAAAGAGCAGAAGCCCUCUUCAAUGACAUCUGCGGGUUACGGCAGAAUAGGUCAGUCAAGUCAAUGGCAAAAUCAUCAUCAUUGCGAGUAGUCGGUGGACUGUCUUCUGCAGAAACUGGGGACUGGCCGUGGCAAGCUAGCUUGCAGUACAAUAAUAUCCAUCGCUGUGGGGCAACACUCAUCAGCAAUACCUGGCUUGUAUCUGCAGCUCACUGCUUCAGAGACAUGGGUCACCCUCAGGAGUGGACUGCUACUUUUGGAGCUCUUUUGAAGCCACCAAGCAUGAAACGCUCAAUCAAGACUAUUAUAAUUCAUGAAAUGUACCAGUACCCAGAACAUGAUUAUGACAUUGCACUUGUGCAGCUCUCGAAAGGAGUUGAGUUUACAAGUAGUGUACACCGUGUCUGUCUACCUGAGCCAUCUCAGACUAUUCUGUACAAUACUUACGCUGUCAUCACAGGCUGGGGAGCACUUACCAAUGAGGGUCCAGCUCCAAAUGCUCUUCAGGAAGCAACAGUGAAACUUAUUGACUCAAAGACUUGCAACAGAAAAGAAGUGUACGAUGGGGACAUAACACCUAGGAUGCUGUGUGCUGGAUACUUGGAAGGAGGGGUAGAUGCUUGUCAGGGGGACUCUGGGGGACCACUGGUUACUCCAGACUCUAGACUGAUGUGGUACCUCGUGGGAAUAGUGAGCUGGGGAGACGAAUGUGCCAAACCAAAUAAACCUGGAGUUUACACACGAGUGACUUAUUUCCGUGAGUGGAUUACCUUGAAAACUGGCAUCUAAUUCCAAAAUCAAAAAUGGAUUUAACUACAUGGACUACAUGUAACUCAUAUUUGUCUGUAAUUCUGAAAGGUUAUUUUUUUUGGUAUAUAUAUAUUCCUAUGUAGUUUUGGUUAAAGCAAACUUCACUCACAGCAAGCGCUGUCUUUGCUGUCAGAGAUCCUAACCCCUUGUGAAUUUAUACUGAACAUAUCAGAUAGUUUGCCUCAUCUUUGAGCCUUGAAACAUUCUCACUUAUCAGAAAUUACAACCUGAUGUCAUUAAACUAACAUUUAAAAGCUA